AUGGAACAAGCAGCACAGCCAUGCUGCCCUGCGAAAGGGGGCGGUGGCCGGGUGGUGUCCUGCGACGUCAAUGCCCAGACCUGGCCCUUCGCGCGGGAGAUCUUGUCCUGGGCGGGGGUGGAAGGCUCCGAGGUCCAGCUGAACAUUGGCGUCGCGAGCGACUGGCUUGCCAGUGGUCAGCUGGGAAGCAUCGACGUGCUGCUCCUGGACCACCGAGGAACUGUCUACCAG